UAUAAAUCCCAGCCUCGGGCUUCUGCCAAAACAUCUUCUCUCCCGUGGUGUGAACAGAAGAAUCUUCACCAUGAACUUCUCAGGCAAAUACCAGGUCCAAAGCCAAGAGAAUUUCGAAGUCUUCAUGAAGGCUAUCGGGGUUCCUGAUGAAAUUAUCGAGAAAGGGAAGGACGCCAGGAGAGUAUCGGAGAUCGUGCAGAACGGCAAGCACUUCAAGCUGACGCUGAACACUGGCACUAAGUUGCUCGUCAACGAGUUCACCCUGGGAGAGGAGUGCGAGCUAGAGACUCUGACCGGAGAGAAAGUCAAGACCGUCGUGGAGAUGGAAGGUGACAACAAACUGGUGACCCACAUCAAAGGCAUCAAAUCCGUCACCGAGCUCAACGGGGACACCAUCACCAAUACCAUGACCUUGGGAGACAUCACCUUCAAGAGAAUCAGCAAGAGAAUCUGAGCCUGCCUUCUUUUCAUCAACUCUUCAUUAAAUGGCAUGUGUACAAUAAAAACUAGUUUGCAAACUGUAACAAAA